AUGAGACAACUUCGUGGCAGAACGUUGAGAUAUGUGAAGGUAGCUUGCUUCCUUCUGUUUUUGAUUUUCAUUAUCUGGUACACAGUGAGUGCACUGAAAAAGAAGGUAACGCCUUUAUACGCUAGUGGAGUGGUGGAACAGCGAGUUGGAGAUCUCCAGUAUGAUUUUUCCACUGGAAUGUUCAUGUACAACACCGGCAAAAGCACAUAUCUGCAGGGUAUCGUAUCCGAGACUCUUAGGUCGACAUUCACAGUGGCCUGUAAACCAGAACAGAACAAAGCGACAAGCAUGUGUCUACACUGGGUCAGAUAUGCCAAACUAGAGAUAUUAAAAACAGACAGCUGCCAUCAUGUGAAGUGGACUCCAACUAGUCGUGACUUUAUUCCGCAUGACUGCUUUUCUAUGAGGAGUGCACAUUGGUAUGGGGGUGCUGAACUUUAUGACCAAACGUGGCCCCUUGAAACUGCGGAUGUUCCAAUGCAGCCAUAUUUAUCAAAUGAUAUUUUGUUCCGAUCAAACACAGAGAAAAACAGAGGCAAAAACAUAUUUGGAAAUGUUGUAGAUAGAUUUUGGAUAAAUUCAAAUGGUGUUGGUAUUGUAGUCAACAGUGAGGUACCUCUAUUUGUAAGUGUUAAUGAAAGUAAAAGUAACUUACUGUGUUUCAGUGCUGAUUACACAAAUUCUCCCUACCCAAACCCUGACAGUAAAACACCAGUGCUGGAGUAUAGUGUAUGCAAGGAGGACAGCAUUAGUAAGAUACAUAAACUUCUACAGAAGAAGUAUUUCCACAUACCAUUAGGUCUACCAGACAAAAGCUUGAUGCAGGGCAUUGUAUGGUCUACAUGGGGCAGAUUUAAACCAAAUCUCACACAGUCACUGUUGUUGGCACAUGCUAAAAAUAUCAGUGAUCAAAUCAGUCCUCACAAACUGCAGUCUAACUUUAUAGAAAUUGAUGAUAAAUAUUCUACUAGAUUUGGUGACUUUAACUUUGAUGAAGCUGCUUUUAGAAACUCUCAUCAAAUGAUUAGUUAUUUAAAAGAAUAUAAAUUUGAUGUCAUUGUAUCAAUGACACCAUUUGUGAGUGUUGAAUCUAAAGCAUUCAAAAAUAAAGCGGACUUACUCAUUUCUGAUGUUGAGGAGCGUAGUCCGUCCUUAAUGAAAUGGUAUAGUGGUCUGAUGGGUGUAGUGGAUGUUACACGAAAAGCUGCUGUUACUUGGUAUAAUGAAAGAUUAGCCAACAUGAUCAAAGAUUAUGGUAUCAAAUCCUUCAAUUUCCAUGGCUGUGAAUCCAACUUUUUACCCAAAGUUCAUAAAACAUAUCGUGUGCUCGCCAAUCCUGGAACAUUUACAACAGAGUUUGUUUCCCAGAUCAGUUCCAGUGUAGGAGGUCUGGUUCAGGUAAGCUGUGGGUAUCGCACCCAGCAGUAUCCAGUCUACACAAAGUCAUCACGAAAAGAGUCUCAUUGGUCCCAUCAAAAUGGCCUACGGAGUGUAAUACCCUCCAUUCUGACCCUUGGUAUCCUUGGCUAUCAGUUUGUGGUACCAGACAUCAUUGGCGGGACAACCUAUGGUGUGAAUGGUUCAUUAGCUUUGUCCAGGCCUGAACCAGAACUUUACAUUCGCUGGAUGCAGCUUUCAGCUUUUAUGCCUGUCAUGAAGUUUGCCUUCACUCCAUGGGAUUAUGACAAAGAUGUUGUAGAUAUAUUCAACAACUUGAUUAAGUUACGGAAAGAGAAAAUCAUCCCUUUACUUCAGAAGGCGAUGCGGGAAGCUGAGAUGACAGGAGCCCCAAUUAUCCGUCCAAUUUGGUGGGGCUCUCCAAAGGAUGAACAAGCCUUUUUGGUGGACUCAGAAUUUUUAGUUGGAGAUUCCAUUUUGGUAGCACCAAUAUUGAAGAAAGAUGUUAAGGAAAGAGACAUCUACCUCCCAGAAGGUGAUUGGCAUGAUCAAAUUUAUGAUCAACAUGAACAAGGAAAACAGUGGUUAAGGGCACACAAGGUCAAACUCACAGAAAUAGCAUACUUCACGAGGACUCACAUUCUCAGCUAAAUCAACAGAAAAAUAGUGUCAUAUAAACUCCUGGAAAUAGCAUCCUUCACGAGGACUCACAUUCUCAGCUAAACUUACAGAAAAAUAGUGUCAGAUAAAC